CAAAAAUAAUAAAAGAAAUGAAAAACAAAUCCCCUGCAUCCUCUUGAUAUCAUCUCUCUCUCUCUCUCUCUCUCUCUCUCUCUCCGUUUCAUUUCGUGGACAUCGUCGACCGGAAAAUCGAAUCGUCCCAUCGGAGACUCUGAAUCGGUUACUCUCUUACCAUCCGGCUCAGGUUAGCCGCCACCCCUGUACUAAUAUUUCAAAAUAUUUCGUCCGAACCCGAAAAUCAUUUUUUAAUCUCCGUCGGUUCUUGAGUUCCCGACGGCCGUCUCUUCCGUUAACGUGUGCACGAUUAUUAACCUGCGCACACCUUCUUUCUAUUCAUCUUCUGCGAUUAUUUCAUCUAGUUAUCGUGUAUCCGGAGCACAGACUUUUUCAGACUAUGAGUUUGACAUACAUUUAGUUCCAUGUAAAAAAGAGAUGGCAUUCUUUAGAAAUUACUCAAAUGGGAAAGAUUCACGCACUGUCCUGGAUGAUAAAGGCCAUGAUCACAGUGUUGAAAGAGUUAAUAAUUCAGUAGGUGAUGAAGAUUUGGAUGCAAGUUCAAGCGAGAAGGAUGGUGAGUUGAAGAUGGAGGAACACUACCAGAGUGAGGAUGAACCAGAUGAUACCAAUAGGCCACGGGAUGAUAGAUCUGGUGAGAAUGGAAUUGCCGGACAAAAACAGAAUUUUCAGCCAUCAGGAAGAAGAAAUGCUGUGGUUGGAAAAUGGGGUUCUUCUUUUUGGAAGGACUGUCAGCCCAUGUCUCCUCGGGAAGGAUCUGAAUCAGUGCAGGAUUCUAAGGACAUGGAUUCUGAUUAUAAGAAUGAGGAGGGAUCUGAUCAUCAUUCCUCAGAUGAGAAGGAAGAUAGGUCGGAGUCAGAAGAUUAUGAGGGUCAGAAAGAGGUUCAACUUCAGCGAGGUCAUACUGAUGUCCCCACAGAUGAGAUGUUGUCUGAUGAUUAUUAUGAGCAGGAUGGAGAAGAGCAGAGUGAUUCUUUACAUUACAGAGAACUCAACCGGUCAACCACUUCAAGUUUUAGGCCACAAUCCACACCUGUUGCUGUCAAUAAUAAUGUGUCAAGGAGUUCAAAGGCUGCAAAUGCUCAUAAAUAUGACAAUGAUGAUGAUAUUGAUUAUGAAGAUGAGGAUGAGGAUGAGGAUGAUGAAGAUGAAGAUGAUCCAGAUGAUGAAGAUUUUGAUCCUGAUUAUGGAGGCACAAGCAGCCGCAAAAGGAACAAGGAUAAAGAGUGGGAUAGCUAUGACUCAGACGAGGAUGACUUUAAUGAGGACGACCUUGAUAUCUCAGAUGAAGAUGAUGCAGAUUAUAUGGGGAAACCCAAGCGCAGGGGAGGAUAUAAAGGUGGACGUAAUUUGAAGUCUGCCAGGGAACAGAAGCCUUCUGCUGCACAUAAUCGUCAAAGAAGAAGAAGAAUGUCUUUUGAUGAUGAUGAAUCAUCAGCAAAAGACACAGAAGAUGACAGUGAUGAGGACUUCAAAGGUAGAACAAAGAGGGGUGCACAUCUCCGUAAGAACAAUGGUGGUCAAUCCACAAUCUCUGCAAAUGCUGGUGUGCGCAGUAGUGAGCUUCGCACUUCAAGUAGGUCAGUGCGGAAAGUAUCAUAUGUUGAAAGUGAAGAAAGUGAAGAAAUUGAUGAAGGAAAGACCAAAAAACCCCAAAAGGAGGACCUUGAAGAGGAUGAUAGUGACUCAAUUGAGAAGGUACUGUGGCACCAACCAAAGGGCAUGGCUGAAGAAGCCUUGAGGAACAACAAAUCGAUAGAGCCUACUAUUUUGAACCACUUGUCAGACUCUGAAAUUGAUUGGAAUGAGAUGGAGUUUCUUAUAAAAUGGAAAGGGCAGUCAUAUUUACACUGCCAGUGGAAAUCAUUUUUUGAUCUAAAAAAUGUUAGUGGAUUUAAGAAGGUUUUAAAUUAUACAAAAAGGGCAAUGGAAGAAUGGAGUUAUAGAAGCACACUGUCACGAGAGGAGGUUGAGGUUCAUGACGUGAACAAGGAGAUGGACUUGGAUCUGAUAAAGCAACAUAGUCAGGUGGAAAGAAUAUUUUCCGACAGAAUCAGUAAGGGUGGGUCGGAUGAUGUGAUGCCAGAAUAUCUAGUCAAGUGGCGAGGACUUUCAUAUGCAGAAGCAACCUGGGAAAAGGAUGUAGAUAUUGCAUUUGCUCAAGAUGCAAUUGAUGAAUACAAGGCUCGGGAGGCUGCAAUGACUGUCCAGGGAAAGAUGGUUGAUUUCCAAAGGAAGAAGAUCAAAGCUAGUUUGCGGAAGCUUGAUGAACAACCAGAAUGGUUGAAAGGGGGAAAUCUUCGUGAUUAUCAGCUUGAGGGCUUGAAUUUUCUUGUUAACAGUUGGAGAAAUGAUACAAAUGUUAUUCUGGCUGAUGAGAUGGGUCUUGGUAAAACUGUUCAGUCAGUUUCAAUGCUUGGUUUUUUACAGAAUGUUCAACAAAUCCAUGGGCCAUUUCUUGUUGUUGUUCCGUUGUCCACUUUGUCAAACUGGGCAAAAGAAUUUAGGAAGUGGCUUCCUGAUAUGAACAUUGUUGUGUAUAUUGGAAACCGUGCCAGUCGAGAGGUUUGUCAGCAAUAUGAAUUUUAUACUAAUAAAAAUAGUGGCAGGAGUAUAAAAUUUAACGCCCUUUUGACAACAUAUGAAGUAGUACUAAAGGAUAAAGCUGUCUUGUCAAAAAUCAAGUGGAAUUAUCUUAUGGUUGAUGAGGCACAUAGGCUAAAGAAUAGUGAAGCUGCUCUUUACACAACACUUUUGGAAUUUAGUACCAAAAACAAGUUGCUUAUAACUGGUACACCUUUACAGAACAGUGUUGAAGAGCUAUGGGCUUUGCUUCAUUUUCUUGAUUCUGAAAAGUUCAACAAUAGGGAAGAGUUUGUUUUUCGUUACAAGAAUUUAAGCUCCUUUAAUGAAACUGAGCUUACUAAUCUACAUAAGGAACUGAGGCCUCACAUUCUAAGAAGAAUUAUCAAGGAUGUUGAGAAGUCUUUGCCACCAAAAAUUGAACGCAUCCUUAGGGUUGAAAUGUCCCCCCUUCAGAAACAGUAUUAUAAGUGGAUUUUGGAACGUAACUUCCACAGCUUGAACAAAGGAGUCCGUGGGAAACAGGUUUCUCUUUUAAAUAUUGUUGCGGAGUUGAAGAAAUGCUGCAAUCAUCCUUUUCUAUUUGAAAGUGCUGACCAUGGUUAUGGUGGGGACAGCACCAUCGAUGAUAGCAGUAAACUUGAGCGUAUCAUCUUAAGCAGUGGAAAGCUUGUGAUACUUGAUAAGUUGUUAGUACGAUUGCGUGAGACAAAUCAUCGUGUUCUAAUAUUUUCACAGAUGGUUAGGAUGUUGGAUAUUCUGGCUGAAUAUUUGUCGCUAAGAGGUUUCCAGUUUCAAAGACUAGAUGGUAGUACAAGAGCUGAUCUACGCCACCAGGCUAUGGAGCAUUUUAAUGCUCCAGGAAGUGAUGAUUUUUGUUUCCUUUUGUCAACUCGUGCUGGUGGGCUAGGAAUCAAUCUUGCCACAGCAGACACUGUUAUAAUAUUUGAUUCAGAUUGGAAUCCCCAAAAUGAUUUACAGGCAAUGAGUAGAGCUCAUAGAAUUGGACAGCAAGAAGUUGUUAACACUUACCGGUUUGUUACAAGCAAAAGCGUUGAGGAAGAUAUUCUAGAGCGUGCAAAGAAGAAAAUGGUUCUAGACCACUUGGUCAUUCAGAAAUUAAAUGCAGAGGGUAGACUGGAGAAGAAAGAAACCAAAAAGGGGAGUUCCAUGUUUGACAAGAAUGAGCUCUCAGCGAUUCUGAGGUUUGGGGCAGAGGAACUCUUUAAGGAAGACAAAAAUGAUGAAGAAAGUAAGAAGAGACUGUUAAGUAUGGAUAUUGAUGAGAUUCUUGAGAGAGCUGAGAAGGUUGAAGAGAAGGGGGCUGAAGUAGAGCAAGGAAAUGAAUUGCUAAGUGCUUUUAAGGUUGCUAAUUUUUGCAGUGCUGAAGAUGAUGCAACAUUUUGGAGUCGUAUGAUUCAACCAGAAGCAGUAGCACACGCUGAAGAGGCUUUAGCUCCUCGUGCUGCAAGAAAUACCAAGAGCUAUGCAGAAGCUAACCAACCUGAGAAAAGUACCAAGAGGAAAAAGAGGGGCAUUGAAUCUCAGGAUAGAGUCCAGAAGCGCCGCAAAGCUGAUUCAUCAGUAUAUUCUGCACCAUUGAUUGAGGGGGCAGCAGCUCAAGUAAGGAGAUGGUCUUGUGGGAACUUGUCAAAGAAAGAUGCUGCUCUAUUUGCACGUGCGGUUAAGAAGUUUGGGAAUCAGAGCCAAAUUAGCUCAAUAGUGGCGGAAGUUGGUGGUACUAUUGAAGCAGCUCCUUAUGAUGCACAGAUUGAGCUGUUCGAUGCAUUUAUUGAUGGUUGUAGAGAUGCAGUUAAAGGAGGGAAUCUGGAUCCAAAGGGGACUCUCUUGGAUUUUUUUGGUGUUCCUGUAAAGGCACAUGAGGUACUAGAUCGUGUACAAGAACUUCAGCUCCUAGCAAAGCGCAUAAAAAGGUACCAAGAUCCAGUUGCACAGUUUCGAUUGCUAAUGCACUUUAGGGGACCCCAGUGGUCUAAAGCUUGUGCCUGGAAUCAAGUUGAUGAUGCUAGGUUGCUUUUAGGAAUACAUUACCAUGGAUUUGGAAACUGGCAAAAAAUAAGGUUGGAUCCAAGGCUUGGCCUUACAAAGAAGAUUGCACCUCCAGAACUUGGAGAUGGUGAAACUUUUUUACCACGUGCACCUAACUUGGACUCGCGUGCUUCUGCACUUUUGAAAAAGGAAUUUGCAGCUGUUGGUGGAAAGAAUUCAAAGGCUAAAGCAGGACCUAAGGGUUCUAAAACUGAAGGGGACAAUAUUCUAAAAAUUUCAAAAACUCACUUCAGGGACGUGAAAGGAAAAUCAAGUUCACCCAAAUCUAACAUCCGUGCAAACAAAGACACACCUCAGAAACAUCAAAAAGUUGAACCUAUUGCCAAGGAGGAGGGAGAGAUGUCUGAUACUGAGCUGUAUCAGCAGUUCAAGGAAGAAAAAUGGAUGGAGUGGUGUGCAGAUGUCAUGAUUGAUGAGCAAAAGACACUGAAACGUCUUCAGAGGUUGCAAUAUACCAGUGCAGAUCUUCCCAAGGAAAAGGUGCUUUCCAAAAUUCGGAAUUAUCUACAACUUCUUGGCAGAAAGAUAGAUGAAAUUGUACAGGAACACGAGGAGUCAUAUAAGCAAUCUAGGAUGACUAUGCGAUUGUGGAAUUAUGUUUCCUCCUUUUCUAAUUUGUCUGGUGAGAGACUGCAUCAGAUUUAUUCUAAACUUAAACAGGAGCAGAAUGCUGUGGCAGCGGUGGGGCCCUCCCACCUCAAUGGUUCUGUUUCUGGCCCCAUGGACAGAGAUAGUGAUCCCAGUCAGUGCCCCUCGUUCAGCCACAGUAAUGAUAAGCCUAGAGGGUACAAGAAGUUUACAUCGCACCAACCUUCAGAAGCAUUUCACAAAGAGCAGGAUACUGGAAAGUCAGAAGCUUGGAAACGGAGAAGAAGAAAUGAUGUUAAUGUCCAGUCCUCGUACCAACCUCUCAGCAAUGGUAAUCGGUUACAUCAAUCAAAUGCUUCUGGAAUUCUUGGGCGGGGCCCGACAGACAGUAGAUACUUUGGUGGUGAGAGACGCCAGACUCGUUUCCCUGCUGGGCAAAGUCGACCAUCAGAUAUCAAAUAGUCUUACCAAACCUUACACAGCAGUACUGGUCAAAGCAGUGGUGAAGCCAAUUGGCUUUCACCAGGGGGCAUUUGCUACUUCAGCCAUUAAUUGCGUUUAGUUGGGAAUUCUUUUUUCACCCACAGGAAUAAAAGUUGGCAGAUUCCACUGUGGGAUUGGGUGCUGAUCUAAAAAAGCUCUUAUCCAAUGGAUGGAAACUGCAUUGUUAACAGCGAGCAAGGAAAAAGUGCUGAGAUCCUCUAGUAGUGCGGGAAGAGCAGGGUGCAUGGAUUCUUUCUAUAUUCUUUUUUUUUGAAAGAUGAGAUCAGUGUCUUGGUUACAUAUACAGUGAUGAAGUGCCAAAGAAUUUACUUCUCACAUUGUCAAAUACAACCAUAUAGAGAUGCCAUAUGUAAACAGCUUUUAGGAUAUCCGGCUUACAAUAUUCAGCUUCUGGAUAGUAGAUUUCUUAACCUCUUAUUUCCCUCCAUGCAUAGUGUCAGCUCUCUCCAUUAAAACGCUGUACACUUUUCUCUGCUGAUGUACUUUGUAAUUUUGAAAAUGAAAAAAAUAGGGUUUUAUUUUUAAUUCCCAUUGGAAAUAUGGCAAGUCAAUUUGUAAGA